GAGAAGGAUCUCCCGCUCUCUCUCUCCACAACCUUGAGCGCAAACACAAAGAGGGAGAGAAAGACGCUCUAUUUGUAACCAUUUACAUAAAAAGACACUCUCAUCGGGCUUUACAACUAGACGCGGCUGGCUUCGGUUAUUUUGUGGUUAUUUGGCGGAAAAGCUUGAAGAUUUCUUCGCUGUCCCAUUCGUCAACCUGCUCGCGAUAAACCCUGCGGAGACGUAUCGAUCCCUUCUUCCUCUCGUCUUUAGGGCGAGUCAUGGCGAAAGAGCACGAUCGGGACAGCUGCCUUCUGCGCGAUUUACGGCAGCGGGCCGGUAAUGACAUCUGCGCGGACUGCGGUGCUGCAGAGCCAGAUUGGGUGUCUGUGACUCUGGGUGUAUUCAUGUGUCAAGGAUGCUCUCUCAUCCACAGAAGUAUCCCCAGCCUCAGCCAGGUAAAGUCUGUACUGCAGGACACAUUUGAAGAUAACGAAACAGAGUUUAUCGCCUCUAUGGGGAAUGAAGCAGCAAAGGCAAAUUAUGAACAGCAAGUACCACCAUUUUAUUACCGGCCCUCCCACACAGACUGCAGAAUUUUGAGGGAACAAUGGAUCAGAGCCAAAUAUGAGAGACAAGAGUUUAUAUACAUCGAGAAACAAGAGCCUUAUUCAGCAGGGUACAGAGAGGGGUUUCUAUGGAAACGUGGUCGAGACAACGGGCAAUUUUUCAGUCGCAAGUUCAUUCUGUCUGAAAGGGAGGGAGCGCUCAAGUACUUCAACAAGCAGGAUGCGAGAGAAGCAAAAGCCAUAAUGAGGAUUGAAACCCUAAAUGCUACUUUCCAGCCAGCUAAAAUAGGCAACCCCUGUGGACUGCAGAUCACCUAUCUCAAAGACAACAGCACCAGAAAUAUCUUUGUGUACCAUGAAGACAGUAAGGAAAUGGUGGACUGGUUCACUGCAAUCCGAGCAGCACGGUUUCAUUACCUAAAGGUGGCAUUUCCUGGAGCUAAUGAUGAGGACCUGGUACCAAGACUUACAAGGAACUUCAUGAAGGAAGGUUACAUGGAGAAAACUGGCCCAAGGCACACUGAAGGUUUUAAGAAAAGGUGGUUUACUAUGGAUGAUAGGAGACUAAUGUACUUUAAAGAUCCCAUGGAUGCAUUUGCACGUGGAGAGGUCUUCAUCGGCAGCAAGGAGAACAGCUAUACCGUCGUACCUGGACUGCCGCCCUCUAUUCAAGGCUACCAUUGGAAGUAUGGCAUCACCAUUGAAACACCUGACAGGAAAUUCCUGUUUGCUUGUGAAACAGAGGCAGAACAGAAGGACUGGAUCGCUGCCAUUCAGAGAGUUGUUAACCGACCCAUGAUGCCACAGGAGUACGCAGUUGAGGCUCAUUUCAAGCACAAGCCUUGAUGCUGGCUGUAGACCUGCCUACAUCCAGGUGGGACUGGACAAUAAACAGUAAUUCUGUCCAAUGACUCUGGAUAUGUUGAGAUGGAGAUUGGGGUGAGCUCUGGACCACAGCAAGUCACUAAAACUACAAAAGAAGAUUUCCCUUUCUACCUUGAUUUAGUACUAAUGGACCAGACACUGGACUGCAUUGACAACAUCUUAACAGAGCAUAAUCACUGUGGUUUCAUUGUUGUGAAUGUCCCUUUGUAUUUGGUUAAACUCCUCUUUACCAAAGCAGACAUACUGGGUGUCAUUCGCCAAGCUACUGUAUAGAUAUAGUAUGUGAAUGUUCUUCAUGUAAAGAUACAAACUUAACAUUUACUCUGUAAAUGAAAUGGUUGGCUGGCAGCACCUAGUACAAGUUGUUGCAUUUUCUUUGCAAUACAUUUUGACUGAUGUUAUAAAUGGGAAAUACCGUAUUGUACUGUAUAUCCAAGCAAAUGCUGCUUUAAAGUAUUGUGGUACCCUCAGACACUAAGCAAAAUGAUUUUUGUUCAAUUGUCCAAAUGUUUUUUCUGUUUCUGUUCAGUUAAAAUGGUCUUUGAACCUUUUCUGCAAAAAGGAGAACAUCUCGAAACCAUGUUAGAAAUCAAUAUUUGAAUGAAGAAGCUCUGAUUUAUAAUUAUAUCAUAUGAAGGGCAGUUUUAAGAGCAGAUCAUUUCAUAGCAUAGCACCAUAUUAUUCUCCAUACUACUUUUGUUAUGUGUAAAUGGUGACUAAGAGCUUCAUUAACAGUUUUUUGUCAAUACAUCUUGCAAUGCUGAUAAUUCUGUUUUUGAGUAAUCCACCUCCACAAGGUGGCAGCACAUCACAGAUUAAGAUGCAACUGCACGUCCCUUUAUUCUUAAAGAAAUAGUUUACCCAAAAAUGAAAACUCAAUCAUCAAUUAGGCACCAUCAUGUUGUUCCAAAUCCACAUGACUCUCUUUCUGUGGAACACAUAAGGUGAAGAAUAUCCUGGCCAUUCUUUUCCAUGAUAUGAAAGGGAUUUGGGAAUGGUGCCAAAAGCAACAUGAAAGGAUCAUAAAAGUAAUCCAUCCAGUUUAUGCACUAUAUUACAAGUCUUCUGAAGCUAUACAAUAGCAUUGUUUAAGAAACUGAUCAAACUUUAAAGGUGCUGUUAGUGAUUUUAGCCAUUCUGUAACGAAACUGAGCUGUUCAUCUUAUUUAAUGUGUUUGAACAUAUCUGUUCUUAAAACAGGUUAACUGUGGCCGUCCUGUUCAGGUUACAAUGUUCAGUUUUGAUUAGUUUAAAAUAAGGGUAAUUUAACUUUCUGUAACAAAAAGUACUAUAUAAAUGCCAUGUUUUGGGGGGUACAUUGGGUGUGUAACUGGUACAAUGCUUUUACCAGUUUCUCAUUUGGUGGACUAGUGUCACAUAUAUGGAAAUGGCAGCACUAAAUCAGUGCAAAUGUUAAAAAUGAAUAUACUAUAAUAAUACAUUCAUAAUGUAUCCUUAAAAUGUAUUUUAGUUGCGCUAUUGUCAUAUUUACAAAAUGCGUAUUACAGAAAAGGUCAUUUGUAAUUUGGUGUGUGUGUGACUGUGUAUGAAUAGGGUCGGGGUUUGUCAGACACCGUUGCCUGACCUGAUGCAUUCCACUGCCUUCAUCCCCAUCCGCCUGGCUCCACAGCACUGUGGAAUUGUGUAUGUCAAUGUUGGUUCUGUCUGGUUGCUUGUUGUCAUUGGCGGCUGGGCUGUGCAAGUGAAGCUGAGUAGACACUAUAAAUUACACAGCAGGAGGCUGUUUUCAACCCAGCAGAAAAUCAUUAAUUAGGGUGGGAACGCUUAAGCACUGACCAUCCUAUUUACUUCACUAGAGUGGGCUGGGAAGGUAAAGAAGACUCUGAGUACCAUCAUACUAUCUGUCAAUCACGACUUAAACAUGAAACUUCUCAAAUACACAGUGAAAUCAUAAAGGAAAAUGAGUUUAAAAAAAGCUACAUUGUGUGUUUAUUUACAUGAAGGAGAGUGUGAACUGUGCCUAUAUAGCAUGCUAUAUAUAUAUGUGUGUGUGUGUGUGUUAUUUAUUUUAUAUAGCUUAAAUUGAUUCAGUUGUGGACAGU